AUGGUUGAAGGUUCCCUGGGGUUUGACAUAGAAGCACAAGCUGCUGUUUUUCGACCGAGAGAACAAGAAUCAGAGUCAGACGUUUCAGUAUCUUCUGUUCCGACUGAAGAGUUAUCAGACUUGUCCGAGAGUGAAGAAGAAGAAGACGACGACAGUCAGUGGAAUGACAACAACAAUCCAGUCGAAGUCUCACCGUUCACCGCCGCCACUGGUCUGACCUGGGGAGUCACAGAGGAUGGAACUGCGAUUGACUUUUUCUACUUAAUGUUUCCAGAGGACUUGAUUGAACAUAUCGUCAGUGAAACUAAUCGAUUUGCACAAGAAUGCAUCGCUGCAAAACCUGACCCUAAAUGGCGUGAAUCGACACUUGAAGAGAUGAAAGCGUUCCUCGGAGUACACGUGUUGUUUGGCAUCAAACAGCUGCCAGCAAAUCACUUCUACUGGAGCAGUGAUCCACUCAUCAUUGUUCCAUCUGUACAAAAAGUCAUGUCCAGAAAUCACUUUCAUAAAUUGUCUCAUUACUUUCAUUUGAAUAACAACGCAAGACGAGUUCCGUGA